AGAGAACACAAAGCAGACUCUUCUGAGCACCUUCCAGAGAGCAAGAGGUACUUAAAAAAAUUUCAUUACUACCUGUCUGCAUCCCUUCGCUCCCCGCCAGCACACAAUGGUUAUCUCUUUAAAGUUGUGGCCUAUGAUGGUUGCCAUUGGAAUUUGCAUUUUGGUAUGUCUGGGGACGAUAGUUGAAGGUUACCCUCCAAAACCAGAGAACCCUGGAGAUGACGCUUCCCCAGAGGAGAUGACAAAAUAUCUGACAGCUCUUCGGCAUUACAUUAAUCUGGUGACACGGCAAAGAUAUGGGAAGAGAGACAGUCCAACUGACAACCUUCUUUCUGAGCUUCUGUAUGGGGACAGUGGGAACCACAAUAGCAGAUCACGGUUUGAUGAUUCUUCCUACAACUGGUGACCCUUGGAGCCUUCUCUCUUUCUCCCCUUCCCUGGAUGACCGCUCUCCCCUUUUCCCUUCUUUUUAACGUAUUGAUUAUUUUUAUGCCAUUUUGCAUUGUGACUGGGCGAUGCCUUUGCCAGGUGUAGUGGGCACAUGGCCUGUGUGUGUGUUUGCCAUCCCACCAGAGAUGCCUCUCCCGUGACACGCAGUCUGUGUGUCUGACAGAGAAAUCCACUGUGUUCAGAAAUAAAAGCAAGUUUAAUGGAACCCA